GAUUUUGGUCAAGGUCAAUUCAUACAUUUACACUUGAAACGUAUUUACAAGACUUUGGAUCUGCAUCUAAAAGUGGAAAAUUGCUUGCAAUCAGACAAAUCUUGUGAGGUCCCCAAAUUAAAUUUUUCUAGUCUCAUGCUUUGGAUUUGAGUAGGAGUAUGUACCCCUGAUAAUGGGCCUCACAUGUUUACAGAUCCUGUGGAAGAACUCAAGCUUGACCCAUUGACAGAUCUGGAUCUACUACACACUUUGAGACCUGCAUUUUGAAACGUGCCUGAUUGUACAUGUACAAACUGCAUCAAAUCUAAAAGAAAUUGCUGAAAAAAAUAAGAAUACAGAUCAAUUAUCUCAGCAUACAUUAGUACAAUCUACAACUAUAGGAAACAAAUGCAGUAUAGUUUAAAAUCAGUGUUUUCCAUAGGCUAUAGUGACAUGAUGUUUUUAAAUUUUUAAGUAAUUUAUGCUUUUUUUUUUUCCCAAUUGAUGAUUUCUGAUCCUAUGAUUAGCUCUGUCAAAAAAAUCCCCUUGUGAUGCAAUUAAAUUUUGAAUUGACUAUGCAUUCACAAGUAAGAGCACCAGAUAUUCUUAUGUGUUCAGUUUUAAAAGCUUACUUCUCCCAAAUCUGAUUGCAAGUUUAGUUUGCCUCUGAUAAUAUACUUAAGACACACCUACAAAUUACAAGGCAAUUCAUUUGAGUUGUAACCAAUCAGAGCAUUUGUUUGUGUUAGUGAGGUCAGACACUAGGUUUACUUAAAUGGAGAGGGCUGUUCUCUCAUUCACACACUGCUCAAAUCCAGGAACACUCAGUUUAAAACGUUCUUUAGGACGAACACACAACACCAACAUGCAUAGUAAAGACCAAAUCUGCCAUGAGGACUACCAGAGAACGGCAGACUGGCUGCUGUCCCAGACACAACACAGACCUAAAGUGGCCAUCAUCUGCGGCUCUGGACUGGGCAUGCUGGCGGAUGCUCUCAAGUGCCAAGACUCUUUCAAAUACUCUGACAUCCCUGGCUUUCCUCAGAGCACAGUGAAAGGUCAUGCUGGAAGGCUUGUUUUUGGGGAGCUCAAAGGGAAGACCUGCGUGUGCAUGCAGGGUCGAUUCCACAUGUAUGAGGGACACUCACUAAGCAAGGUCACUUUUCCAGUUAGAGUGUUCAAGCUUCUGGGUGUCGACACCUUGAUUGUCACUAACGCUGCGGGGUCGCUAGCGGACAGUUAUAGCUGUGGUGAUAUUAUGAUCAUACGUGACCACAUUAACUUCCCUGGACUUGCUGGACUGAACCCUCUCAAUGGCCCUAAUGAUGAUAAGUUUGGCCCUCGGUUUCCACCCAUGUCUGGGGUCUAUGACAAAAGCCUACGGAAGAUGGCAUUCGACAUCUGUAAGAGCAUGGGUGUCUCCCAGUAUGUCCGAGAAGGUGUGUAUUGCAUGGUGGGAGGACCCAACUUUGAGAGCAUCGCUGAAGCCCGACUUCUGCACAAACUGGGAGUUGAUGCAGUUGGAAUGAGUACUGCACCAGAAGUGUUGGUCGCCAGUCAUUGUGGCAUGAGAGUCUUUGGUCUCUCCCUCAUCACUAACAAAGUGGUGAAAAGCUAUGAGGACAAUGAGACUGUCAAUCAUGAAGCUGUGCUGGAAGUGAGCAAAAUGCGUUCAGAGACGCUGCAGACGCUGGUCACAGAGCUCAUCAGCCGCAUGGACAUCAACAACAACACGACAUGAUGUCAUCAGCACUGUAACUGCCAUUUAAAACCUCAUCCAGAAGAAUCUGCAGCAAUGCGGUGGUCACUUUUUUCAUUACUUUAUACUUUUGAGUGUAACUACAGAACAUCUGUUUCAAUAACACAUUUGUUUAAAUAUUUAAAUGUUAAGAUUUUAUUAUUUGCAGUGAUCAUAAAUAUGAUCAGUUUUGAUGGUGCCAUAACAACAAACUUAAAACACUGGGCUAUUCAAUAUGUUAUUCAUUAAAUGUUUAUCUUUUUGUGUAUGUGUGCAGUGAAAGUUGUGUUUGCAUCUGUAUAUUCAUGAUUGCAUAAAAUUUUAUGUGGGAAAUUAUGCAGUAAAAUGUUUUAUGCACUGCUAUUCAUUAUACAAAUUAAUAUAAUUCCUAAUGUUAAUAUUUUGAUGGUAAAGUUGGAUAUUUAAAUCCUUCCUAUAUGCUAUUUAUAAUACAUUUUAUAUUAUCUGUGUUGUAAAUUUGCCAUUGAAUAGACCUGUUUUGUAUAACCUUAUCUUAUAUAAAACAAACACAUAAUCUUAUCUAUAAUGCAAGAAUGUCAGCAAUAAAUGUGUAUUUUGAAAAUA